AAUUUCUAAACUUCAAGACGACAACGAUAUAAUUUCCAUGGGUGCUUUAAAUUUAGAUAUAACCGGAACCAUGUUUCUCACAUAGGUGAAAACAAUUUUAUGUCAAAAUGUCACGUUUAAUUGUAAAGAAUCUCCCAAGUGGGAUCAAAGAAGACAAGCUGAGAAAUCAUUUUGGAAAAAUUGGUUCUGUGACAGAUUGUAGUUUGAAGUACACAAAGAGUGGGGUGUUCAGAAAAUUUGCAUUCAUUGGAUUCAAGACAGAACAAGAGGCCCAGGCAGCUUUAAAACAGUUUAAUAAAACCUUCAUAGAUGCUUCUAAAAUUGUGAUAGAAGUCGCAAAAGAUUUUGGAGACACAAACAAACCACGAGCCUGGAGCAAAUAUGCAAAAGACAGUUCGGCCGGACAGGCAAAUAUAAAGGCCUCAAAAGAUGGUACAUCAAAUAAGGAAGACAAGAAGAAAAAGAAGAAGAAAACUGACCACAGUAUUGUUGAUGAAUUACUGGAUGAUGUGAAGGAUGAUCCAAAGUUUACUGAAUUUCUUGAGGUUCAUCAGAAUGUUAGUGUUAAACCAGUCUGGACCAAUGAUGGUGUGAGACCUGCAGAUGAAAAAAGUAAGGUCAGUGACCACCAAAUGUCUGAAUCACAUGAGGAAGCAGACUACAGUGAAAAAGAGCAGGACUCCGAUGAAGAUGUAGCUGAAGAGAAGAAUAAGACAGCUGUAUUAAAGGGGCUAUCAGAUUUAGAUUACUUGAAGUCAAAAGUUUCGAGUAAAGAUAAAGGAGAGGUGGGUGAUUCAGAUGAUGAGCAAGACAGCAGUGAUAAUCCAGUCUCUGCUAAGAAACUGAAAGACAAGAAAAAUCAAGAAGAGAAGAAAACCCUGUACAUGUUGAAGCUGAAAGGCAUUCCUGCAAAAUGUGGAGAGAAAGCCGUGAAAGAAUUCUUCAACCCUUUGAAAUUAGCAAAGCUGCAUGUAGCGAAAAAUGCUGCAAAAAGACCAAUAGGUAUAGCUUAUGUUGGAUUUGAAACAGAAAACGACCUGGAGCAAGGGUUAAGAAGAAAUAAAAACUUUAUCGGAGGCAAAAGGAUAUUUCUGAAGAAAUGUGACAAUGAUCAGGUGGACAUACCAGAGCCAGAGAAACCAAGGCCGUGGGAAAUUAAAAAUGAUUCAGAAGAAUGUGAAGGAAUUGCUGAGACGGGCAGACUGUUUGUUCGAAAUCUGGCAUAUUCUUGUACAGAGGAAGAUUUGGAAGCAGAAUUUAAGCAGUUUGGUCCUUUAACUGAGGUGAAAUGUCCUGUAGACUCUCUAACAAAGAAGGUGAAAGGAUUUGCUUUUAUUACGUACAUGAUGCCGGAGCAUGCUGUCAGAGCAUACAGUGCUCUAGAUGGCAAAGUGUUCCAGGGGAGAAUGUUGCAUAUUUUACCAGCCAAAGAAAUGAAAGAUACAGAAGAAGAAAGUACAGAAGGAUCAUCCUACAAAAAGAAAAAAAGUGCGAAAGAGAAAGCAAGUGCUUUAAAAUCCUACAAUUGGAACUCGCUAUUCCUGGGUGCCAAUGCAGUAGCUGAUGUCCUAGCAGAAAAAUACAAGACCAGUAAAAGUGAUAUAUUGGAUACUGAGCUGAAGGGAAGUCUUGGUGUAAGACUGGCUCUUGGUGAAACACAAGUUGUACAGGAAACCAGAGACUUUCUUACAGAUAAUGGAGUGGCAUUGGAUAGUUUUAGUCAGCCAAAUGCGCCAAGAAGUAAAACAGUGAUACUUGUCAAAAACCUUCCUGCUAAAACUGAUGUAACAGAAAUCGAGACAGUAUUUUCACCAUUUGGAAGUUUAGGACGAGUUUUGCUGCCACCGUCUGGUAUAUCUGCCAUUGUUGAAUUCCUUAUUCCGACUGAAGCUAAGGCUGCCUUCACUAAACUGGCUUACAGAAAGUUCCAUCAUGUUCCAUUGUUCUUGGAAUGGGCUCCAAUGGAAGUGUUUACAUCUCCUGCUCCAGAAAAAUCUAAAGACAAAUCAAAGGACAAGAAUACAGAGAAAGAAGGAACAGAAGAGACGAUUGAUGAUAAAGAAGACUUAAAGGAGGAAACUAAAAAGGAGAAAGCAGGGACAGAAGAUAGUGAUGAUGAUGACGAGGAAGAAACAGUCGGCAGUGUUUUAUUUGUGAAAAAUCUUAACUUUGAUACUACUGAUGAAAAUUUAAAGCAACAUUUUAGUCAGUGCAAGGGGUUUAAAACAGCUAAUGUCGCCAAGAAGAAAGACAUGAAGAACCCAGGACAGAUGUUGUCAAUGGGUUACGGUUUUGUAGAGUUCAAAAGUCCUGAUGGUGCGCAGGAGACAAUGAAACAUAUGCAGCAUACUGACCUAGAUGGUCAUACUCUCGAACUGAAAGUUUCAAAUCGUACAACUGCUAGUGCAACUGGUGAGAAGUCAGGAAAGAAGAAGCAAAAAGAGAAGAAACAAAAAAGUACUAAAAUUUUAGUGCGGAACAUACCAUUUGAGGCAAAACAGCAUGAGGUUCGCGAGUUGUUUAAAGUAUUUGGAGAGUUGAAGAGUGUAAGAUUACCCAAGAAGAUGGGAGGAACUGGUUCACACCGAGGGUUUGGUUUUGUUGACUUUCUUACCAGACCAGAUGCCAAGAGAGCUUUUGAGUCACUGUGUCACAGUACUCACUUGUACGGUCGUAGACUGGUGCUGGAGUGGGCGGAUAGUGCAGAGGACAUUGAUGACAUCAGGAAACGUACAGCAGAACACUUUCAUCCAGAUGCUGAAUAUGGUGGUAAAAAGAAGUUCACGAAAUCUGGUUUGAAAGAAAGUCUGGAAAUGGGCAUGGAUGAAUGAAGAGCUCCAACAAUGCUGACUGCAUACACAAAUACUGUGUAUUGUUUACUCAAAAAGCGAAAAGCAGUUGUUGCGUGAAAAACAAUAAAUACAACAGUGACACUAUGAUUUGCAAAAUCAGUCUGCAUAUUCACCAUCUAACUGUAGAAAGUUUUAAGAAAAUACUUAGGACUUUAUACAUUGUCACAUACAUUAUAUUCUGUGACAUACAUAAUUAUAUGCUGUUGUUUUGGUAUAUUAGGUCUUCCCAUACAUUGGGCCAGAACACGCUAAUGGGGGCCUCCUUUGCUGAAUGGCUAUGGUCACCGACUUUAGAUCAUUUGCCCCACACAGCAGUGGGUUUAAAAACUGUUCAUAUUGUAGAACUCUCAUGUGAGGAAAGCAUCCAGCUGACUUGCCGGAAGUUGGUGGAUUUACACAGGUGUCAGUCUAUGAUAAACUAAUAAACCUGGAGGGGCACCUGGUGUUUCCCUUUGUCAAAAGCUGGAUUAAGAUAGUUGACAUGUGAUCCAUAAUUAUGUCAUUGUGACAUUAAAACGAACAAAAAUGUCUUACCAGUACAUGACUAGAAUAGGUCGAUGUACAGUUUUCUUUUGAAUGGAUAUAAAGUUUUUUGUUGAAUAUAUAGUCGUUACAGAAUAAUUAUUUUAAUU